UGUAAAAUGCAAACGGACAUAACGCAAUGCGGCUUGUGUUUAUAUCAAGAUAAAAUAGUAAUACCCUUGCGCGAUGACGUUAGUAAGACUACGGCGGACAUUUUGGCUACCGUGCACAAAUUUAUGGGAUUGUUGCUUACUAGCAACGAUGCUAUAUGUGUGAAUUGCUGGACCAGCGUAGACAAUUUUCGCGAAUUUUGCUUGCUGAUAGCUGAGCGACAGGCGGCGGAGGCGCAGCAAGAUACAGCGCUUAAGUGCUCAAUCGAAAAGCAUGCAACAGAAAAUUGCUCUGCGAAUGACAGUGUUAUGCAUAAAGCUACACAAAAUACGAAUGUUCCCCUAAACCGCAAGGAUGAAAGCUUGAAGACAAACGAGAAUAUAAAAACUAGCCCAAAAGGAAGAUUAAAAGUGCAAAGCGAAGAAGAAACACAACUCGAGCAACAACCGGCAAUUGUAGAAGUGAGAAAUGGUGCCAUCACACUGGCGACACUCGCGUUGGAAGAGCAAGCUAACAAUGUAAAAAAUAGACAGCAUUCGCAUCUGCAACUCAAUAAGACUGAUUUGCAAGACACAACACUACAGCAAAACCAAACAGAUACAAAUACUGAAGCAGACCGCGACACCAACACACUAUCUGAUACAGAAAGCGUUAUAACUACAUCGAGCGCACAGAAAAAUGGAAGCCCACGGCUUGGCGAUGCCGAAAGUCAGGCCGCAGAGGACAAAUUGAUUGCUGAGCACCUGCAGCUGAAAUGUGAAGUGUGCGAAUUUGAAGCGAAAUGCUUUAAAGCACUUAAAGCGCACUACAAGCGACUACAUAAUAGCAACGGUUAUGUAGUUUGCUGUGAGAAGCGUUUUUAUAAACGCUGCAUGUUGUUAGAUCAUAUAAAUGUACAUCGUAAUCCCACAUACUUUUCCUGCACCGACUGCAACAUGAACUUCGCUGACCGUAUGUGCCUGCGUAAUCAUAUGCUGCUGAAGCAUCCGCAAGCAACAGAGCUGCCGCACGCGUGCGCAAUAUGCGGUGCGCGUUUUGCUAAAGUCCGGUUUCUAAAGAAACAUGCGCGCAGGCAUAUGAACAACGCGGCACAGGAUGCGGAACAGCAGCAGUGCGCGAUUUGCGCGAAGAGCUUUGCGAAUGCCGUGCGCCUGCAAGAGCAUAUGAAGCGUACACACGGCAAAAGCAAGUUAUUUGUAUGCAAACACUGCGGGCAUGAGGUGAGCGGCAAGCAGCGCUAUGUGCGUCACUUGGCGCAACACGGCGCGCAGUUUGAGUCCACAAGCGCCAAGCGGCGCGGUCAAGGCGUACAGUGUACCGAGUGCGAUAAAUGGCUAGUGAACAAAUCUACCCUGCGUCUGCAUAUGAUCCGACAUACGGACCCUACGAGCGUGUACGCCUGUCCAUUGUGUGAUACGAAAGAGGCGACGCGUGUAGCACUGAACGAGCACAAGCGUCUGUGCCACGGCAUUGAGCAGCAGCCACAUGUUUGUCAGGUGUGUGCGCGCAACUUUAGCACAACGCGGCGGUUGCGGGAGCAUAUGGCCACCCACACUGGGGAAGAUAUCUACACCUGCAACUACUGUGACAAACGUUUUAAGUUCUCUUCCAAUUUAUACACGCAUCGCAAGUGGAAACACCCAACUGAGUGGGCGCAAGAUCAGAGCGGCAAGGAGUUAGAGUCACAUGUUUGUCAGGUGUGUGCGCGCAACUUCAGCACAAAGCGGGGGUUGCGGGAGCACAUGACCACUCAUACCGGGGAAGAUCUCUACACCUGCAACUACUGUGACAAACGUUUUAAAAACAAUUCCAGUUUAUACACGCACCGCAAGCGGAAACACCCAACUGAGUGGGCGCAAGAUACGAGCGGCAAGGAGUUAGGCGAUAAACAUUGAUUAAAAAAAUAAUAAUUUAUAGCUCUUGUUACUAAGAUAUUUUUAAUGUUGAUUGUAACUUUUUUUAGUGCAAAGGCAGAAAGUUUUCGAAAAUAAAAAAAGUUUAAAAACAUUAAAAUCAAUAUAUGUAAGAAUAAAUUCGAAAUAAAUAAAUAUGUAUACAAAUGUAAAGCAAUAAGUUUCAAAAAAAAAUAUUGAGACAAUUAGCAAUUUUUUUUUAAGAUUAUAGAAAUAAAUUUAAUCUAAAAAUAAAAUAAUAUUA